CCGCGCAGCUCGACGGAUGCAGCGCCUGGAGGCGCAUACCCAGCACCGUCCACCGCCAACCGCCGUCUGUUUCCCUGCCACCGUCUAUCCUCACCCGUCGCGUGCACAAUGAAGAUCAAGCUCAAAGCCCCCGGCGCCGCCGUCGACGCGCCUGCCCAGUCCCCGCCGAACGACGCCCCCAGGCUGCCUGGCCUGAAGCUGAAGCUGAAGCCCUCGGGGCCGUCGCCAGUCGACUCGGCCGAGAGCCAGAACGGCGAUGCGCUCAAGCAGAAGCGCAAAUACAUCAAGAAGCCCAGGCUCGACGACGGCGGGAACGCACCGCCCGCAGCCAAACUCGGCCCGAAGAAGAGGGCGCGUGAGGAUGGCGAGGAAGGCGACCCGCCAGCAAAGCGCAAGCCGAAGCCCACGGCAAAGAGCCUGGCCAUGGUGGACGAGGACGAGGACGAGGACGACGUCGUUGAGCCCAAGCAGCCAGCCCCGCGACUGCCCCCUGUGCGUACCCAGUCCAUCAAGCUGUCCAUCAAGCCCAAAACACCCCAGAGAUCGGGCACCGCACUGCUCAAGGUCAAGGGCGCGGGGAGAAAGCCCGUCAGGCCGUUCGGCGUGGGGUACGACAGCGAGGCCGAAGACGCAGAGGACGACCCAGCCAUCGAGUCGCAGUUCGUUCUGCGCAUGCUGCCAGGCCCGGACUGCGAUGUGCUGCGCAAGUCCAUCGAGGAGAAGACGAUCGGCAAGAGCAUGACACAGGGCGGCCCAGGCGUCUACUUCCGCUUCUUCGACCGCGAGGGCCGCCGCGCCAUGGUCACCAUACAGGGUCGCAGCUACGCGGCUUCCAUGGUCGAGCUGCCCAGCGUCAUUGAGUCGAUGAAGAGCUGGAACAAAAAGGACUGGGUCAAGACAGCAGACGUGUGCCAGAUGCUUCUGGUUCUGGGCCCAGUCCAGAGCGAGGACGAAGCGAAAAAGUACCCUCGUCCAUCCUACGUCGACCCAGAUUCCCACCGCUUUCCUCACGGCCUGACGCCGCCCAUGCGCUGGGCUCGCAAGCGACGCUUCAGACCCCGCAAAUCCUAUCUCGAUGUGGAACGAGCUGAGACGCAGAUGAACGAACUGCUAGCAGCUGACGAGAAUGCCGAGUCUUCGAAAUAUGAUCUCGUUGAUAGUGACCACGAGUCGAGUGAAGCAGAGUCCAGCGAAGAAGACGAGGAAGACGAGGAGAUGGCAAACGCUUCACAGAUAGCACAGACGCCUGUCGAAGAAGUCGACGCCGUCGAUCUCGAGCAGAUGUUCAUGGAAGAUGACGACAUGGAGAUACAAGGCAAUCCCGAGGACUUGAAUGCUCUGUUCGGUGGCAGCGACAACAAUGCCUUGUUUGGUGAUGGCGGUAGUGUUACUAUCAACGUCGGGACAGCAGCCACCGCCCACGAUGUCGCCAUGCACGCUCUCAGUCACAACAGCAACAUUGUAAUUGAGACAGAUACUGCAGCAUCUACCCCAGCAGCAGCUACAUCCGCAGAGGACGACGACGACGAUGACGAUGCCGACUCAGAGGAUGACGAAGUCGACGAAGCUGCAGCAGCUGAAGAAGCACGUAAAGAGCAGCUGCGAGCCGAGAUUGUCGAGUUGGACAGGGCCAUCCAGCAGAGCAUUGAAGCACGCGACCGGCAGAACAACCACAUCUUCAAGAAGCGUAUGCAGAUCACCAUCGACAAGCAGGUAGUGGAUCGCGACAUCAAGCGCAAGCAGCUGGGUGAGGAUCCCGACGAUUAGGCAUUACGUCUUCCAUGUGUUUUCCUCGGGCUUGAGAGACACGCAUAUCCUGUCUGCGCGAUUUCAGGAGUCAGUCUACUAUCAUAAUGGAGUUCUUGCAUUGCGUGGAGUUUAGGCUAUGGACAUCGGAAACUGAGGGGACCAGCAACUGGUGUUUUGGUAGGCGUUACUUUCUAGUCGAGUUAUUCUAUCAAUCAUAGUCUUGUAGAUGUACAGUCUUCCCAAGGUUCUGUCCACAUGUUUUUCGGCUGUCUACAUGUUAUAAUGGGUAUCGAGUCUUGCUCCUAGCAGCCUGGCAUAGUGAAUGAUAUCGGCAGCCCAACUUUCACCACUGUACCUUGUUGUGUCC